AACCAAAUUACUUGACUUCUGUGCAUACCAACAACCUGCGCACCAUAAAAGGCAGAGCUAAGCUAUUUAAAAAAAACAAUAAAUUCCAAAAUGCGAACUGCUGUUAGUUAAACUCGUUAAGCCGUAUUUACUCAUUGCCAAGUGCCGUUUAUCUAAUUUGUAAUUUAAUAUCGUAAAGGUAGAAUUGUAUUUAGGAGGCCUCUUUUGAACUAGAUCCAAAAGUGAGAGAACAAAUAAAAGCCAGUCAAACAAUCUAAAGAUGACACCAAUGUUUCUGCUUGGAUUGAAGAGCACACGUGUUUGCGGAACUCCCCGAGAUACCAUUAUUGGAAUUAAGGCAUGUUAGAAUCCGGAAAGUAGGCCAAAAAAUAAGCCAGAUUUAAUUGAAAACAUCUUAGCUGCCUUUAACUUGUCUUAGCACAUUAGCACAAAAAGACAGUUUGACUUUCAUCUGCUAUUUUUUAAAUCCUUUGUAAUUUUGUGGGACAAACGUGAAAUGAAUAAAACACAACUUGUCCGAGAUUUACCUGUUGUAAAAGAAGCAAUUGAAUGAUCUUUUUAUGAUUGCUAAAUCCAGAUGAUUUUUGUGAUUUAACAGGUGAAUCUAUUUCACGCAUUAUUUAUAAUUACUGUGACAUAAAAACUCUCAUCUCCGUCAUUGCACGAUUAUUGCAUGCUUAGGGAGACAUCGAUAAAAGGCUAUUUAACGCUGUUUCGCUUUUAUUACUGACACUUAGCUACCCUGUCAUAAAGUACUCUUAUCCGCGCCACUUUUCUAUUUUACGCCCAAGUAAAAAAUCACUCUCCGGAACAGAAAAAAAAAGAACAAUACAAUCAGCAAAAAAUCUGUCCUAAUCAGCGAAUUUUGCAAGUAGUCAGUUGAAAUAAUUUUAUUUCCUCAUUUUUCACUGCAACUCAAAAUAACGCUUUGAAAUUUAUUGCUCCGACUUCUUUAUUUUCUUUUAUUUGAUUUUCCAAAUUUUGCGGAAAACAAAACUUAUAAUUAGUUAGGCUAAGAUGGAUUUGUCAAUUAAAACGCUUCCGAGUGAAGUGCAAAAUCCCGCUGAAGCCUACGAAAAACUGAAAGUUCUUGCCAAAAUCCAAGAACAGCUACACGAAAAGGAUUCAACGGAAGAGCUGUUAUUAGCCGAAUUCCAAAAACUGAAAUCCGAAGAAAAUGCUCUCAAAGAUUUCUCCGAAGAAAUGAAGUUGUUGCAGCAUGAAAAAAUUGUUCACGUCGAGGAACUGCGACUCAUACAUAGCGACAUAAGCGCAAUGGAAAACAUUAUCAAGACAUCUCACAUCGAAAUGGCGAAAUUGGCUUCUAAUUCGAAGGAUUUAUUCGCCAAACAUCAAAGAUUAGUCGACGAAAUAUCGAGAGCUGAGAAAACUCUUGGAAUCGAGCUUUCAGCUAAGUUGCUCAAUUCGAACUUAGAGGAGCAUGGAAUCACAACGGCCGUUUUUGGGAGCGAACAAACCUCCCGGAUGUCAGUUGUUCCUCCAGGUUCUUCCACAUUUCCGAUAAACGUCUCCACUUCGACUGAUGUCGACACCCCGAUGUCUGAGGCACCGACUAUUAACCUCCCGAAUCACGAGACACCUUUCGGCACGGCACAGAGCUUCGAUUCUUUUCAGGGCAAACUAUUCCCAAGUUCAAACGCAGCCGCCGCUUUGAGCUUGAAUUUAGCAGCUACGCAAAACGCGUUUCAAGUUCAAUUGGAAAACUUUUUCAAGCAACAACAGCGGAAAAUGAGUGGAGCACGCUCAUUGGUCAAUCCACAACCAAUCCCAAUGCAGAGUCCGGUGGGAGGAGUUUUUGGAGGGAGGAGCAACAUUGCGUCAUCGAGCGUACUGGCCAAUAACAGUUCAGGGGGUUCGCCUCAACAGAUAAUUAGACAACAUCCAGCACCGAUGAAGGCCUGUUUAUCGUGUCACCAGCAGAUCCACAGAAAUGCCCCUAUUUGUCCGCUUUGUAAGGCCAAAAGUAGAUCUCAGAACCCAAAGAAGCCCAAAAGAAGGCCAGAAGAGCUGUCUUGAACUUGAAUCAUAUUUACUAAAUAUUGAUUUAAUCUAGCUGACAUCGAUGCUUUCGAGAUUAUUUUUGUACAGUUUUAAGCAUAUUUUGUCCAUUAUUAUUCUAGAUUUAAGACAUAAAACUGAUUGUUGUUGCAUU